AUGUUCUUUCUGAUACGAAAAAAACACGUCCAUCUAUUUAUGAUCAUCGCAUUGCUUCUCGUGGUGACGGUGAUGAUGAUAAUUACGUCUCACCUCAUCUCCGAAGAAACCAACCAGAUCAUCCGCAACAAGCUUAGAAUCAACUACUUCGACACUUUGGCCAGAUCCGUGUAUAAACCCGGAAGUGAAGAAGAUGAAAAAAGUCUUGAAGUCGAUACUUCUGACCCCGAGUCUUAUUUCAACAGAGAAGUGGAAAAGUUGUACGACGCCAAAAAGAGCUCCGACGUUGAAAACAAGCUCUGGUUGCUCAACACGGACAUCCAGGACUCAGAAGUGCAGAUUCCAUUUUACUACUAUAUGGAUGAGAGCACUGCUGGUGCUGAUCAACUGGUGCAAUUCCACCAAUACCACAAGGAAAAUAAGCCAGACAUACAGCCCUUUGAGCCUCGUUUCACUUUGGCGAUGUACUACCAUUACAUCAAAGCGAGUUUGGAACAGAAUCCCAAGGAGCCUGUUCAAGUACCUUUCAAUUGGUACGACUGGGUAGAUUUGUCACGUUUAGACAAGUAUUUGUUAGCACCUUCCAACUUGAAACCCAAUUGCUCACAUCUUGAUGCCAGACCUGAAGAGGAAAAGUUGAACAAGCAAAAGGAGGAGCAAAAGCGUAUCGAAGACGAAAAGAAGCGUAUAGAGGAAGAAAAGAAGCGUAUAGAGGAAGAAAAGAAGCGUGUUGAAGAAGAAAAGAAAAGAGCCAAGGAAGAAGCCCAGAGAAAGGAAGAAGAAGAGAAGAAGAGAAAGGAAGAAGAGAAGAAAAGAAAAGAAGAAGAAGAAAAGAAGAAAGCUGAGGAGCAGCAAAGAAAAUUGCUCGAAGCGAAUGGUGAAUCUGAAAAAUCUGAAGAACAGCAGAAAAAUGAACAAAAUAAUGUUCAGCAGAAGCAGAAUUUGAACAAAAGACAGGACGAUGCUGAAGAAGAAAGACCAAGACUCCAAAAACGUUUAUCUGCUAAUGCUCCUGAUUUUUUCUGUGAGGAUAAUAGUGACUUUCUUCGUGAACAUGAUAACGGGCAUACUGUCCAUCCUGGUUUCAAUGUGUUCAGGAGUUCUGGAAAGACCACACCAGAAAAGGCUAUUCUUUCUGGAAAAUCGUAUCUCUACUCGUUUGCACCAGCUCCGACUAUGAUUCUCUUUUUGACUAGUGAUGGUUCAUAUAAUGUAUCUGUCAACUCUAACCAAAAGCUUCUUAACAAUGGUUUGGUAGAACAAUACAUUGCUGAUACUAAGUCGCAUACCAUUGAUAUUAUCCAUGAAUUAAGGUCGUUACGGAAGGCUUUUCCUCCAAACAAGCAUCAAGUAAUGACAGACUAUAAAGUCAAUAUUCCAGAAGAAAACUUUGAGCUCAAGACAGAUGAGUUAAUUAAGGGUUACGAAUCUAUAUUGCUUGACGGAAAGCAACUUCCUAGCAACGAAUUAAAGUAUUACCACAGUUUGAAAUACUCCGACCAUGAAGUCAAGAAUGGCGGUCCGCCAAAGUACUUCACUGAGGCUCGUUUAUUGACCAACUUGUUGGGUGACCAUUAUGAUUGGAGAUUCUUCAACGGUGUAAUCUAUGGCUCAUACGAACAAACGUUGAUUUUACAUAGAAUGGUCCGUGCCUGGUUGUCGUUUACCCGUAAAAAUGGAAUUGUAACAUGGGUAGCCCAUGGAUCCUUAUUAUCCUGGUACUGGAAUGGUAUUGCAUUCCCAUGGGAUAACGAUAUCGAUGUCCAGGUUCCAGUUAUGGAUUUGCACAAGUUAUCGCUUCAUUUCAACCAGACUUUAGUUGUGGAAGAUGCAGAAGAUGGAUUCGGUCGUUACUUCUUGGAUUGUGGUACGUUUAUCACUUUAAGAGCAAAGGGUAAUGGCAAUAACAAUAUCGAUGCCCGUUUCAUUGAUGUUGAUUCUGGUCUUUACAUCGAUAUUACCGGAUUGGCAUUGUCUCUGACUCUGCCCCCAGACCGUUAUAAGAAGAACUUACCUGCAAACUGGAAAAUCGAUGGGAAUGAUUACGUUCCAACUAAUAGACAAUUGAAAAUCUACAACUGCCGAAACAAUCACUUUUCCAGCUUGAGUGAAUUGAGCCCUCUUAUCAAAACUUCUAUUGAAGGUGAAAUUGGUUAUGUUCCUCAGAAAUACACUGACAUUUUGACUGUAGAAUAUUCUAAGGGUAUGUUGAACAAGAAAUUCCAGGGGCAUGUCUUUUUACCUCAGGUUAGAUUGUGGCUCCGUGAAGAAGACUUGUACUAUUUCAUCUACCAUCGUGAAAAAUGGAACAAGUACCACAGUUUCACGAUGAAAUAUGCCAACAGCGAUGAUGGUGAAGACCAGGAGUUUUUCACGGACUUACAGUAUGAGUUGACGGAGGAUGAAAAGAAGCAAUUGAGAGCAAAGUCACACAGCCCUCUCAUGUUGAAGGAUGAUGAGAUGUCCACCAUCUUCAAAUUUACGGAAGAUGAGUUAUUGCAACUUCUCCACAAGGAUGAAAUCUUCAUGGCCUAUUACGGUUCCAAAGAUUUUACUUCUUUCCACGAGGAAGAAAUCAUGCAUUUAUUAUUUGGCAAAUCUACAGCUCAAUUAAUCAACGAUGCCCCAGACUUCAAGCCAAUGAAGUAUGAUCCAUUCCUCUUCAAGAUGCAUAACGAAUACAUUACCUACGAGGAGGAGGUCAACCGCUACUUGGCCCUCUUAACAGCAUAC